AUGUCAGGGUCACUGAGUGAUCGUGUUCUGGAUGUUCUUGCUGGGGCCAACGGACAAAUGUCUGCCCUGGAGUUGUCCCACAGUGUCGGACUGAAAACCAGGAAAGACAUUAACCCAACGCUUUAUGACCUUCAGAAGAAGGGUAGGAUCCGCAGAGUUGGUGAUAUUCCCGCCAUGUGGUCACUAAGUCAAAGUUCAGCCUCAGGUUCAGCCUCAGGCCAGUCCAGUGAACAAAAGAUGGUUCGAUCUAGCCCAGGUGCAUCACCAGCUGGCGGAGUUGAGGGGCAAAUUUUGGCAUUUCUGUCAGGAAAGGGAAAGUCUUGCACAUCUCUGGAGAUUGCUAAAGCAAUUGGCUACAGUACACGUAAAGAAGUCAAUCCAUACCUGUACGCUAUGGCGAAGGACAGUCUCAUAGUACGCGAUGACAGCAAGGGAGCUCCCCAGUGGACCCUUCUGUGUUCCAGGCAGCAACAUCAAAAUACAGUUCAAGAGUCCCAGACAUCAUUUCCAAUGCAGCAUACAUCUUCAGAUCUUUCCCACAUCCCUGUAGAGAAUGUUCCACAGAGGCUUCUUGUCGUACUUGGUAGUAAACCUGGUGUGUCCUACACGGCAUUAGAGCUUUUGAAAUUGACUGGGUGUGACGUCGGGCGUCAGGCUAUUACGACACAUCUGGAACAGCUCAAAGAAGACGGUAAGGUGGAAGGGUCAUCAACUUUCCCUGUACAGUGGAGUAUUGUGGGAAGAGGGGCAGUUUCUGGUAGCAGUGACAAUACUGAGGUGCCAAUGGAAACAGACACACACAGUUUUGAGAGUCGGGUUUUAGCUGUCUUGGGAGCCAAGCCGGGAGCAGGCCUAACUGCAUUGGAGGUAGCUAGGGAAAUUGGGAUCAACACUACAAGAUCGCAGGUCAACUCUCAACUGGAAAACCUCAAAAGACAGGGUAAAGUGAGGUGUCUUGGUACAACACCAGAGCAGUGGGUUUUAGCAUCUCUAGAGGUACCACCAAGUAGUAAUUCUGCCACUUAUGUUAGCGAUCUCACCAGAAACCCAGUCAGUGCACUGAAUGAGUAUUGCCAAAGCAACCAAGUAGCACUCACAUUUCCACUUAUUGCAGAACAUGGUCCAUCUCACAGAAAAACAUUUGUGGUUGCUGCAACUUUUGGAAACAACCAAUUUAAAGCAGAGUCAUCAAACUUGAAGGAUGCAAAAAGAAAAGCUGCUGACUUAGCUCUGCAAUCUAUUAGGGCUAGUAUUCGUACAGUUCAAACACCACCUGCACCAUUACUACCGGGGCAAGUAGCCACAUCACAAUCACUCGAACUUGAUCGCAUUCAUGCCAUGAGCCACUCUAUGUUGUUGCAACUGCAGCAGAGUAUUCAAACUCCACAACCAGGGAGAAAAGUGUUGGCAGCUUUCAUUAUGGAAGACACAAAUACUAAUGAUAUGAAGGUUGUCUCUAUGGGAAGUGGUACUCGGUGUGUGGCUGGUGACAAGACAAGCCCUAAAGGGCUGGUAGUAAACGAUUCGCACGCCGAGGUUGUUGCAAGAAGAUCAUUGAUGCGCUUUCUAUACAAGGAGCUGCUUGCAAAACUAACCAACACAAGCACAGUGUUUGUUGCAAGUGACACAGUUGGACUUGUAAAGGUCCGUGAAGCACUGAAGUUCCAUCUCUACAUCAGCACUGCACCAUGUGGAGACGGUGGACUCUUUUCUAGAGAAGAUGACCAAAACCGCGUCCCGCCUGCAGACAAUACUCAUAUGCCUACGAUUGAAAACAAGAAGCAGGGCAUUUUGCGAACAAAAAUUGAAGAUGGUGAGGGAACAGUUCCAGUGGGCGAAAAUUGCCAGCAAACUUGGGAUGGGAUUUUACAUGGAGAACGCAUGCGUACCAUGUCUUGCAGUGACAAGGUUUUGAGAUGGAAUGUGCUUGGUCUUCAAGGUGCCUUGCUGAGUCAGUUCAUGGAGCCCCUGUACAUGAGCUCUCUGACACUGGGCUCCCUCCACCACCAUGGGCAUCUGUCUAGAGCAGUCUGCUGUAGAGCCAAGGACAUUGAAUCCAGCCUACCAGCCACCUUUACUCUCAGGCAUCCAAAACUAGGAAGAGCACAAGGGGGAGAUGAACUGAAGCGCCACACUGAAAAGACCAGCUCCUUGAGUCUAAACUGGGCAUUUGGUGAUGAGAAAGCAGAACUGACAAACGGAGUGACGGGAAGACUGGAACCAGGCCCUGGCGUACCAAGAAUUAGUAAAGCCUCUUUGUUCUCGUCAUUUGCAUCCCAUUGCGUGAAGGCAAAUGGGACUGGUCCAAAAGCAACCUACAGCGAUGUAAAGAAAGCUUCUCUUGCCUACCAACAAGCAAAAAUUGCUCUGUUCAAACUCUUUCGUACAAAAGGGUAUGGAAUGUGGGUGAAGAAACCAGAAGAGCUGGAGCAUUUCACAAUGGCAGAGAUUGAAUCAAAACUGCCAGUGGAUAUUGCAUGCUGAGAAAAAAUUGUGAUUGUUGUUCAUGACUGUUGUAAAGAAACUUGUAUUAUACAUUAUAUUUUUGUUAUGAAUAUUAUUUUUGUUCACAUAGCUGUGAAACUGUGAUCAACCUGUGGGAAGCUCUUGUAAAAUUCCUAGAAAAGAAUACAAAAAAUUUGAUUUUCCGCAAUAAUUAGCUAGCCUACUUCAAAGAGCUUAAUGGACUGG